UGUCUGACAUAACCUCCAUUAUAUUCUGCGUUAUACUUUUACGAUUUUUUGCACUUUUUACUAUGUUUUUUAGCAAAAUUGGCUAAGAACCGCCUCUCUGUCGUUUGUUUUGGUAAAAUCGCCCCUCGUCGUCCAGCCAGAUCAAACUUAUCGCUGCACCAGGACUCCAGUUCAUGACAAUGUCUUCAGACUCUGAACUCGAAAACUGGAUAGACAUAGCGAAGCAGUGCAAAUAUUUAACAGAGAACGACUUGAAAAAGCUGUGCAAUAUCGUAUGCGACAUUCUUCUCGAGGAAUCGAACGUCCAACCAGUCGCGACUCCAGUGACAGUGUGUGGGGAUAUCCAUGGCCAAUUCUACGAUUUGGAGGAGUUGUUCAGACGAGGGGGCCAAGUCCCCGACACUAAUUACAUUUUUCUGGGGGAUUUCGUCGACCGGGGCUACUACAGUCUGGAGACUUUCACCCGCCUGCUCACUCUCAAAGCGGCCUAUCCCGAUAAAAUUACGCUACUGAGGGGCAACCACGAGAGCCGCCAGAUCACUCAAGUGUAUGGAUUUUAUGACGAAUGUUUGACGAAAUACGGGAAUGUGAACGCUUGGAAAUACUGUUGCUCGGUUUUUGACUUGCUCACAGUCGCGGCGUUAAUCGACGAGAAAAUUCUAUGUGUCCACGGGGGGCUAAGUCCUGAUAUUAAAACUGUAGACCAGAUUCGGACUUUGGAAAGAAACCAGGAGAUUCCUCACAAGGGGGCUUUCUGCGAUUUGGUGUGGUCAGACCCGGAGGAUGUGGAGACAUGGUCGUCCAGUCCCAGGGGGGCUGGGUACUUGUUCGGGGCCAAAGUCACUCACGAUUUUAUGCAGAUUAACGCGCUCACGUUGAUUUGUAGGGCUCACCAGUUGGUACACGAGGGUUAUAAGUACAUGUUUGAUGAUAAGUUGAUCACGGUUUGGUCGGCCCCCAAUUAUUGUUACAGAUGUGGCAACAUUGCGAGUAUUUUAGAAUUCCAGACGACGGAUAAAGUGGAACCGAAACUCUUCCACGCCGUACCGGACUCAGAAAGGGUGAUUCCGAGCAGGACUUUAACUCCUUACUUCUUGUAAUGACACAAUACGAUUAUUUGUGAGAGCAAUGAAUAAAGUUUUUAACAGAAA